AUGGGAUCUUUUGCAAAUUUUUCUGGUGUGGAAGUUAUGGAAUUGAAGAGUUAUAAUAUUGAUUGUUUAAGUAAAUUUGUAAGAUAUUUAAUUUUGACUACAACGGAUAAAUCUAGAAAUUUGUUUUCGUUUUCUCCUUUCGCUAUACAUAAAGCUAUUACUGGUAUUGGAGGAGAACCAAAAUCUGUUAAAAAGCUAAAAUCUGGAGAUUUCCUUAUAGAAACUUUGUCAUCAUCUCAAACAAAAUCAUUUCUCAACGCAAAAACGCUGCUUGAUAUUCCCAUCUCUAUUACUCCUCAUAAAAGUUUGAACUCUGUUCGUGGAGUAAUAUCUGAGCCUGACUUGUUGAAUACAUCCGAUUCUGAUAUCCUUGAGAGUUUCUCUGAUCAAGGCGUAAUUCAUGUUCUCCGCAUUACUGUAAGAAAAGGUACAGAGUUUCAGCCUACUAUUCACAUAAUUUUGACGUUCAAUAAAACUCAGCUACCGAAAUCAAUUAAGGCUGGAUACUUGCAUUGUCGUGUCCGCCCUUUCAUACCUAAUCCAAUUCGAUGCUACAAGUGCCAACGGUUUGGGCAUUUGAGGACUGCCUGUCGAGGAAAUAUGGUGUGUGCUAGAUGUGUAUCAGUUGGACAUUCUAUUAUUGAUUGUCAACUAGAGCCUAAGUGUGCGAAUUGUGCACAGCCUCAUGAAUCUAGCUCAAAAUACUGUCCGACUUGGAAACACGAAAAAGAAAUUCAGAAACUGAAAGCACAGAAGAACAUAUCCUACGCGGAAGCACGUAAAUUGUGUCUGCCAACAGCUGUUCCAUCCUUUGCAAAAAUAGUUCAACAAAAGAAACCUAUUGACACUGUAGAAAAAUUUUUACACAGACAGAUUCAGAUGUUACUUAUGUAUCACUUAAAAAAUCUGUUUCAACACUAA